AUGAUUAUGGACAGAACCGCCGCUAACUUGAUUCUUGACGGAAGUAGGAUGAUGGACAAAUCUUCGUGCAUGAUGGCGGUAUCGCAUCUCAUUCAGCAAACAGCGCCACUUCCGGACCAGACUGUACUUACUUCCGGUGCCAUGGAACCUAGAAUUGGCCACAACAUGGACAGCAAACAGAUGGAGCGAUUAGACAUGUCUCGUACGCCGACCAGCUCUCUGCUGUCUGACGACGACGACGACGACGACGAUAAUGGCGUUGAUGAUGACAAUGAUGAUGACGAUCUUGACGUCGGAAGUUUCUCCGGCACGUCAACGUUGUCCCAACAGAACCGACGCUUCGCCGACGUGAAGCCGCCGUAUUCGUACAUUGCUCUCAUCACCAUGGCGAUAGAGAGUUCCGGUUCUGGGAUGAUGACCUUGAACGAGAUCUACCAGUUCAUCAUGGACCGGUUCCCGUACUUCAAGGAGAAUCAACAGCGCUGGCAGAACUCCAUUCGGCACAACCUCUCCCUCAACGACUGCUUCGUGAAGGUGCCCAGGGCUCCGGGAAGACCGGGCAAGGGAAACUACUGGGCCCUGCAUCCAGGGUGUGGUGACAUGUUCGGAAACGGAAGCUUCCUGCGCCGCGCUAAGAGAUUCAAGCUGCAGAAGUUUCGACGCAACGAAUCGGCCACCAUCCAGCACGUGAGUUCUUUCGGACACUUCAGCCUGUACGGCACCCCACAGAGCUACAAGGGAUACCCGAGUCUGAAUCACCUGGGGCUUGGAGCUCUCUCCCAAGGACUACCCCAACACCAGCAGUACGGACUUGCGGCCAAAUCGGAAUCGUGGAAUCCCGCGGCGACGGUGGCAGGGUACUCUGCGUACUACAACGCCAACAACAUGAACAAUUCUCUGACGGGGUCUCCGCUGGGGACGUCGCCGUUGGGGAAUUCUCCACUGAACAUGAACAAUUCGUAUCUUCCCAUCAGCCAGGUGCCGUCGAUGACGUCUGCCAAUCCAGGUCUGUCCAGCUUUCCGUCGUCCAUAGGGCAGCCGUCGUAUUCCUGCUCUCAAUACUCAUCCCAGCCACAGUUCCGGUUGUAA